GGAAGAUUUAAAUAGGAGUUAGUGCUCAAAUAUGGCUUACUUGGACUUUCUUCGCAGUCUCUGGGCUAUAAGAAAGUGGAUUUUUAUAUUGUUGGCGUUCAUAUUACCUUGUGAUCUUUUAACUACAAGAACACAUAUAUGCAUGGAGGAUGAUAAAUGCUGUUUUAAUACAACGAUGUCACGAUGUGCCUAUGUCAUCAUUGUAAUGGCUAUCCUAUGGAUAACAGAGGCGCUCCCAAUCGCCGCCACAGCCCUGAUGCCGAUCUUUCUUCUCCCCAUGUUAGGAGUACAAAAUGGAAGAGACGUCUCCAAAAAUUAUGUCAAUGAUACCAGCAUGUUAUUCCUGGGUGGACUAUUUAUAGCAGCAGCCAUGGAGGAUGUUAACCUUCAUAGACGUAUUGCUGUAGGUGUCAUGCGCAUUCUAGGCUCAAGAGUCAACACGUUAAUGUUGGGUCUGAUGCUCCCUACCUGGUUCCUGUCUAUGUGGAUCAGUAACACGGCGGCCACCUCCAUGAUGUUACCUAUACUGAUAGCCAUCACGGAGCAGAUGAGAAAACUGGACCAGACUGAACACGUUGACCCUAAGGACACUGAUGAAAAGAACGGAGUGGUCAAGGUGGAGGGGGUCACUCUAGAGAUGGAAGAAAAAACUGACGUCAGACAGCAAAAUGACGAUUUGAAAUGGAUGUCUAAAGGUUUCGCUCUCUGUGUGGCUUACGGGGCAAACAUUGGAGGAAUAGCGACCCUAACUGGAACACCACCCAACUUAGUGCUACAGGGGCAGGCAGACAUUUUUUAUGCUAAAUAUGGUGAGACAGGCUCCGGAAUAACCUAUGUGAACUGGAUGGGACUAGCCCUGCCUAUGUCUGUAUUACUACUACUCCUGGCCUGGUUGUACCUACAAAUUGUAUUUCUCCGCGGAAAAUGCUGUAAAACAACAGAAAAAAUCAGAAAGAAAGCGAUCCAAUCGGCUGUACUGAAAGAAUGGAAAGAUCUCGGCAAAAUGACAUUCGCAGAGAUUGAGGUCUUUGUCCUCUUUUGUAUUUUGGCGUUGCUAUGGGUAUUUCGGAGUUUACCGGAUGUAGGUGGAUGGGGAGACCUAUUUACUGAUGUCAAGACAGGGAAAACAUCUACAGCACGUGAUUCCACAGCGUCCAUCUUAGUUGCAUGCCUUCUGUUCAUUCUUCCAAGAGAAAUUCCAAACGUUUUCUGUUGUUUCAAAAAGUCUGAAACAAACCAAAAGCCAGGAUACAGGCCGAUUUUGACCUGGGACACUGCUCAAAGUAAGGUGUCUUGGGGCGUGAUUUUCCUUCUGGGUGGAGGGUUUGCUCUUGCCAAUGCAGCAUCGACAACCGGCCUAACGUCUUAUAUUGGAUGCGAAUUGAAGGUGUUUGAGAACUUAGAUCGCUGGGUUAUGAACCUGUUAGUGUGUCUGUUGGUGUCGGCAGUUACAGAAAUCACGAGUAACACUGCCAUAGCAUCUAUCAUCAUGCCAAUUAUAUUUGAGCUGGCAAUCUCUGUUGGACUUCAUCCCCUUUAUUUGAUGAUAUCCUCUACCAUCGCUUGUUCAUUUGCCUUCUGUCUUCCGGUAGCCACGCCCCCAAACGCUAUAGUUUUUUCCUCUGGAUUCAUCAAAAUACCAGAAAUGUUCCUGACUGGUUUAUUUAUGAACAUUAUCGCCAUUUUGACUGUCACUCUCGCGAUCAACACCUGGGGUUCAGCAAUAUACAACUUAGAUACCAUGCCAGCUAUCUUUGCAGCUAAAAAUGUCAACAGCUCUAGUGGAAAUCUUUCUACAACAUCACUUCCAUUCAGUACAACAGUAAUGUGCACAACUAGUGUGGACUCCCUGACUACUACGUAGAGAUUUACCUGGAUCCACGCUAUGUAUCUCCGACUUUAAUAAGGCUUCAUUCCGUUUUAUUUCGUUUCCUAGAGUUAUUGGUUCUCCAGAACUUGUUAUCCCUAAAGCAUUGUUUUAAUUGGUUAAAUAACUAUCUUUUAACUUAGUUUUCGGGAAUUCACCUGGAUAUCGCCUAUAUGAAAUAUUAUACAUGUAUCAUAAUUUGUUUGAACAAUGUCUAUGUUUUAUUAUAUCUAUUUAGUAAUACCAUUUAUAACUUUUAUAACAUGGAUUUUACUUCAUUUUUUAUACUGGGACAAAAUUUAAUAACAAUUUAUACCUAAAAACCAUUAAUUUACUGUAAU